UGGCCCGGUUCCUCCUCCCCUUCGCUAGCAGCUGCGCUUCGCCCGGGACUGGACCGAGUUAGAGUUGAGACGCCAGAGGAGUAGCGCAGAGUGCGUGCGCUCCCCGCGGGGGGGUCCGUGCCUGCGAGCGGUUGAGAGCCGGGCUCCAGCCCAGUUUGGUGCAGCCUUGGCAGAGACCAACAAGGAGAGGGAGCUCCAUUAGCACAGUGCUUUUGUGGAGGGCAGCAAGUCGAUACAAGACGGGUUCCUCAAAGGAAAGAAAAGUUCUUGGAGCAGCUUAUUAAGGUAAACAGAUUGCAGUGGAUUUCUGGAUGGCAGAUCUGGAAUGGACACGAGUCCUCUGGGAGGAUUAGAACUGUCUGAACAUACUCCUGGUCUACUAGGGAAUACCACCAUGGCAACAGGUCUUGCAAAUGUAGGAAAUACGUUUGGAGGCCCACCAGGUUCUUUAGUAUCUAGACCUAAUAAAUUCCAAAACUCGCCUAUAGAAGAUGACGAUGAUGUAGUUUUUAUUGAACCUAUACAACCUCCGCAAAAUUCUACAUCACUGAUAGCAGAUCAAAGGAAUGUUGUGUUUACAUCAUCAAAAAGUGAAGAACUGCAAGGGAAUGAUUGCAAAAUGCUUCCUCCUCCAAAAGACUUAAAUUCUCAGAAGGGGAGUAUAAGUGAAACUAUUAUUAUUGAUGAUGAAGAAGAUGUUGAAACAAAUCAAGGACAAGAGAAGAAUGCUUCCAGUUUUAACGAACGAAGACUUCCAGAGUGUAAAAAUAGAACCAACGAUACGGAAUUCUCAGCUUCCAGUUUUUCAAGAAGUAAGACCAAGACUGGUGUAGGACCUUUCAAUCCUGGUAGAAUGAAUGUGGCUGGAGAUGUAUUUCAAAAUGGAGAAUCUGUGACUCAUCAUAAUCCUGGAGCAGUAGGUUCAAAAGGAAGCAGGAAAGGUUGUCACAGGUAAAAGGGAAGAAGAAAAAUGCCAAACGAGGAACUGGAAAAAUGACAAAGAACAUAAGAAGAAACAAGAGGGAAGAGGGAAGACAGCUAUAGUGGAAAUGGCUUUUACACAAGAGAAAGCCUGAAACACGGUAGGUGCAGAUCGUUUACAGGUUUUUGUACUUAAAAAGAUGGACAACUUCUCAAGAUAAGAAUUUCAGUUUUCCUCUUUUUGCCUGGAAGUUGCCUCCUUUUUCUUCUAGAAAAUCUUGUCAGUAGAAGUUAACUCUGCCUGUUUGAAACUUUGGCAAUAUGACAGGAAGCAUUUGAUCUUGGAUAUGUUUAGUACGUUCUACACAGUUCCAGUCUGACUGCUAAGGAUAGAUUAAUCUUUCUGGAUCAGUGGUGGUGUUCCAUCUGUUCUGACUUUCAGAUUUUUAAAAUCUUGUCAAUGGACGUGGAGACUCCUGCUUAGUUAAUUUAAGCCUACUGAUGAUAAAAUGCUUUGACUUGUAUGAUUGGAAGAUCAUGGAUUGAAAAAUACUGCUUAUAAUUCAGAAAUAGAAUGUAAGAAGUUGGAUGGGAAACUUUUUUUUCGCACAGGUAUCUCAGCUUUCUUUAGGGAUUUACUAGUUAGCAUUUGCAGAAUGUCAAAACUUUGUGUAAGGAAUUAAUACAUCAAUUUACAGAGCAGUUUUGCAAGUCUCUGAACUAGUCCAUUAUCUGAAGACAUUCUAGAUUGCAUCUUGAACAUUCAUGUUUGCUUCCUAUAUAGAAUAUUUGAGUUUUUAAGUAUUGAAGAUGCAAACACCUAUUGUUUCCAAUACUUCUUUUUUCCCCUCUGUUGUGAAAUUGCUUGGAGGGGGGGAAUUGUAGGUAUAAUAUUAUAAUUACUCCAACCCCCUAGUGCCAAAGAAUGUAGGACAUAACGACAUAUGCAUGUUGUUAGAAAACAGUAGAUCAAAAUUGUUGAUAGUGAGGCUUUGGCAAAUACAUUACAUGUAUUCAUAUUAGAAAUAGCAUGGCCAGCACGGCUAGGGAAGUGAUUGCCCCCCUGUACUGGGCACUGGUGAGGCCGCACCUCGAAUCCUGGGUUCAGUGUUGGGCCCCUCGCUGCAGGAGGGACGUCGAGGGGCUGGAGCGUGUCCAGGCAAUGGGGCUGGGGAAAGGGCUGGAGCACAAGUCCUGUGAGCAGCAGCUGAGGGAACUGGGGGUGUUUAGUCUGUAGAAAAGGAGGCUGAGGGGAGACCUUAUCGCUCUCUACAGCUGCCUGAAAGGAGGUUGUGGCAAGGUGGAUGUUGGUGUCGUCUCCCAUGUGAUAAGUGAUAGGAUGAGAGGAAAUGGCCACCAACUGUGUCAGGAGAGCUUUCUGUUGGAUGUUAGGAAAUCAUUCUUCACUGAAAGGGUGGUCAGGGAUUGCAACAGGCUGCCCAGGGAAGUGCUUGAGUCACCAUCCCUCAAGGUAUUUAAAAGAUGUCUAGAUGUGGUGCUUAGGGACGUGGUUUAGUGGUGGAUUUACUUGGUAGAGUUAGGUUAAUGGUUGAACUCGAUGAUCAUAAGGGUAUUUUCCAACCUAAAUGAUUCUGUGAUUCUGUAUGACGUUUGGAAGACUUCUUCUGGAUCAGUGUUAGUACAUUCCCCUCUGCUAAGUGCUUCUACUGUAUGGGAAGCAGUAGGUGUAUUAGAGAAACUUCUCUCCAACAUAUUAAUUCAGAACUGAAUGUCCCCUGUAAGCACUGGAGGACGUUUGAUAGAUUGGGUUGGGUUGGAACAGAUCUUUCACCUAGUCCAACCACCCCGGCAUGGGCAGGGACAUCUUUCAUUGGAUGAGGUUGCUCAAAGCCCCCCCUGUCCAGCCUGACCUUGAACAGUUCCAGUGAUGGGGCAUCCACAGCUUGCCUGGGCAAGCUGUUCCAGUGUCUUGCCACUUCCAUCAUAAAAUAUUUAUUUCUCAUGUCCAAUCUAAAUCUACCCUCUUCCAAUUUAAAAACGUUGACCUUUCCCUGUCACUACAGGUCUUUGUAAAAUGUCUGUCCCCAUGUCUCUUACAAGCCCUCUUUAUAUAUUGAAAGGCCACAAUAAGGUGUCCCCAGAGCUUUCUCUUCUCCAGACUGAGCAACCCUGACUCUCUUUGCCUUUCUUCACAGGAGAGGUGUUCCAGCCUUCUGUCAUUUUUUGUGGCCCUCCUCCGGACCUGCUCUAACAGGCACGUGUCUGUCUUAUACUGUGGACCCCAGAGCUGGAUGCAGCACUCCAGGUGGGGGUUUCACCAGAGCAGCGUAGAGGGGCAGAAUCACAUCCUCUGACCUGCUGGCACAUUCUUUUGAUGCAGCCCAGGAUAUGGUUGGCUUUCUGGACUGCAAGAACACAUUGCUGGCUCAUGUCCAAUUUCUCAUCUACUAGUAGCCCCAAGUUCUUCUACACAGGGCUGCUUUCAAUCCCUUAAUCCCCCAGUUUGUAUUGAUAUUGAGGAUUGCUCUGACCCAGGUGAAAGACCUUGCGCUUGGCCUUGUUGAGCUUCACAUGGGCCCAUUCCUCAAGCCUAUCAAGGUCUCUGGAUGGCAUCCCUUCCUUCUAGUUUAUCAACUGCACCACUCAGCUUGGUGGUAUCUGUAAACUUGCUGAGGGUGCGCUUAAUCCCACUGCCUGUGUCGUUGAUGAAGAUACUAAAUAGUGUCUUCAUCGCACAUAGGAAUAAAACAACUCCUUACUGGUUUCCACCUGGACAUGGAACCAUUAACUGUUAAUUCUUUGAACGCAACCAUCCAUCCAAUUCCUUAUUCAUCAAAUCCAUGUCUCUAGUUUAGCAGCAAGAAUGUGGAGGACCAUAUCAAAGACCUUAGAGAAGUCUGUGUACAUGAGUUUCAGGUGCUUUUGGACUGAAACGUAGGUUUUAUUUCUCUGAGUGGAAUCUGGUUUUUUUGCAUCAAAACUGCUCCAAAACCAGAACCAAUACCUAGUAAAUUGAGGAUGCAGUUCCACAUUGCCCUGAUAUGAACCAGGUCAUUAAUGCAGAUGUAGCUGACUAUGUUUCAGCAGCUGCAUACCUCUGUAAAACUUUAGUACUGUCUUUCUUCCCAUCUCUGUCCCAAGUUGUGCUGAUAGUUUUUUCAGCUUUUUUUAAAAGGCAUAAUUUUGAGACUUUUUUUUCAAGAUGGCUCCACAAAUGAAUGUUUUGGUGCAAAAGAGAAUAAGGAGUAAUUUAUAGCAGUUUAGAGCAGGAAUGAGUGAGAAAGAAUUGGAACACCCUGAACAGCCGUUAUAGUAAGAAGAAAUGGAAUGUGAGACUGUACAGUCUCAUAAACCUGGCCGUUAAGGAAUUGAAGAUGGGAACCUGAAGGAUGAAGACAUAAGGGCAGUGAGGUGUGGUAACUCAUCAGGAAUCAAACACCGCCUCAGUUCAAGGACAGGAAAAACAGAUUUUACACAUUUGUAGGGAAUGCCAAGUGGGGGAGGUAACAUGGUUAAAAAUCAAGAUGUGAAGAAAAGUCACAAUAUAAAAAUUAAUAUCUAUGAACAUGUGGUGUAGAAGAAGUGAAAGCAAAAAAAAGGGGGCAAGAAACUGUUGUGGUAUGUUUGUAGAAGGAGAAAUGCAACAAAAUGUUAAUGGAGACCACCUGUAGCCUUAAGAUACCAAGGAAAUACUGAAAUAGUGUUGAUGAGGUACUGGGAAGUCAUUAUAAAUUUCAAACCUGAGUUUGCUAGGCUCAUUUGGGUUUUCAUGAGUGGCAGUUGAGUGCUACUGGAUAUAUAAGCAUGUGUAACUUUACUGCAUGUGCUGUAUGUUCCUGGUAAGGGAUGCAGUGUUCUCCCAGCUGAAACCUAUGAGAAAAGAAGAGAAUCUCAAAAUACUUUGAGGUGUUAAGGUACUACUAGGAUAUGAAUAUAUCUGAAGUAGUAGACAUAGCAGUAUAGGAAAGUUUGAAGAGGACUUUCAAUUGGAUUUUAACUUUAAGCUGUGGUGUAACAUACCUUAGUUUGGCAGUAUAGAUACUCAUACCUUCAAAAGUAAUAAUGAUUUCAAGAGGAAUGUGUUUUGUUCUGCUUCCCUUCCCUCUUCCUCUCAUCCCUUUGUUCCAACUCUUAUAUUUACCCAUAAGCAUUACAAUGGGUAAAUUUCCAGUUUGUUUUACAUGUCAGAGAAAUAGGACAGCCUUGGCAGCUACAAAGUCACACUGGAAAAUGAUCUUGUACUUGCUAGAGGAAUGUGUGUUGUUUGUUGCUAUAACAAGGAUUCUUGGAACUUUGUCUCUAAAAUUAAUUGUAAAACUAUGCAGCAGAAUAGGUCGCUAAUAAAACUCUCAUGGGGAAAGACAGGACUUCAGAAAAUAGGAUGAGGGAAGGGUGCUUUCUACUUAAUGAGUGAUUAUGGACCAAGAUAACGUCCCUUACGAACAAGGUAUGGGCAGUUGCUGAAGUCUAUAGGUUAAGGUUUUUGUUAUCUGAAAUUAGAAUUUAAAAUAUUUUUUCUUAUAUUUGGCUGUUAAUACUAGUUGUGAUAACACUCCAGGAAUACACUUGAGUAUUAAGACAUUCAAGACUUGAGUAUUUUUAGUUACGGUAAAUGCUGUGUUUACUCUUUACUUAGAAGUAGUAGCAAAAGUACUACCUAAUACAGUAAUAUUUAUGCAGGUCUUAACUAUUCAGUAACAGUGAAGUACUGUUCUCAAUGCUGGGAGUAAAAAGCUUGAAAGACAAGUCCCAAGUGCUGUGACAGUAUUUGGGAUAGCUGACACAUAUGACUGAAAAUGCGUGUCAGUGUUUUUUAUGAUGGAAGGAUGUUCCUGUUCAGGUUUUAAUUCACGUUUAAGUAAUGUAUGAUUUCUGGCAUUCUUCAGAAGCUCAACUUUCUACAUUCUGAUGAUAGUUAUUUAAAAUGAAAGCUUAUGUUCCGAAGAAAAGCCUAGAAGUUGCAUUUUAUUGGUUUGUUGUGUGGGUUUUUUUUCCCCCCAGAACUGUAUAUUCUGCUCCAAACCAAGAUACCAGGCAUGUCUUUUAACAGAAGCAUGUGAUCUUUCUAGAUGUAUUUCUGGAGAUGUAUUUUUGGUGGAGGAAAAAGUUUUACUGAAGUUCAUGUUAUGCAAGUUACUUUGUAGUGUGUUAUGCUACAAAAGAUUGGGCAGAGGUGACUUGGUUCUCUAGUAGUCUUGUCCAAGAAUACAGAUGGAAGACUGGUGGAAUCUGGAAUAGAGCAAUACGGGUUUGUGUACUGCCAGAACUUAAUAAAAUACUAUUUUCUAGGUUCACUGAUUUCUACUGAGGAAGACUUGGAACUCUCAUGACACUGCCAGUUCGCACAUUAAGUGGUAUUCAUUGUACUGAAAAGGUUAUUGACAAAACCAGGAACACUUACAGGAAUCAGUGACAUAAAUGCAGAUCACAGCUGUGGAGUCACUGUGGUUUGUUCUGGCUGCAGGCUGGACUAGAAAACUAGUAUGGAGAACGGCAAUUCUAGGGUUUAUCACUGAGGCCGGACACAUGAUGCUUGUUAAAACUUUAGAACAAAAUAAGUAAUGAAAAUCUCAGAUUUCAUGUUCUUAGAAAUUUGCGCAGUUUGUAUCUCAAACCUUAGUUUAGAAAUUCCAUGUUCUCUGUUGGUAUCACUUUUUUUUUUUUUUUUACCCCCCCGUUGGUAACCGUGGUUUUGUUUGUCUGAAGAUAAGAUGGCCAGUUUGCAAACCCAGUGCAGUUGAAUGGAGGUCUGAAGAGCAUGUCACUGGAUGUAGGAUGGGACCAUUGAUGGGAACAAUUUGUUCAUGUUCUGAAGCUUUGUAGCAAUGGAGAUUGGUACCAUCAAACAGCAUUUUACUUUAAACCUGCAUUUCUGAAAUCUUUCUUCUGUUAAUUGUCAGUUAAAACAGAAAAAAUAUUUUAUUAUGAUAUAUCUGUGUAUAUUACUAUAUAUAUGUACAUGUCUGUUCACUUUUAUGUUUGGUUGGUUUUUUUGUCUUGAAGAUUCUUGGAUAUCCCAGUCAGCUUCCUUCCCUAGGAAUCAGAAGCAACCAGGUGUGGAUUCCUUGUCACCUGUAGCAUCACUUCCUAAACAGAUUUUCCAGCCUUCUGCUCAGCAGCAGCCUUCUAAACAGGUUAAAGUC